AAUCAAACUCCGCAGACAAUAUCCCGGACCUUUGACCAACAUGUUUCCCGAUGAGUUCGACAACCAGCCCUUCGAUCCCUUCAACGUGGGUCCGCCCAACUCGGGACUCCGUCUGGACUACGAUAUUCCCACCUGCUGCUCAUAUCCACCACCUGUAUUUGUCGCCAAGCCGGAAUACGUUAAGGCGGCCAGGGAACAGAAGGCCCUGUUGGCCGGCUCCCAGGCCUCGCUCUCCCGGAGCAGCAAGCUCAAGGCGGAUCCGUCCCAAAUCGGCGAGGUGGCCAUUUCAAAGGCCAUUAACGAGGAGAUGACCCUGGCAAAGAAGCAGGCGGCUGCCAUCCACGAAAACGCGCGCAUCAAUGCAGGCCGGGAAUCAAAGGUGAACGUUUCCCAGGACGAGGCGGUCUCUGUCAAGGACUCUGUGCGCACUCUGCUGCCCGUGAAGUCGAAGCGUCAAACCAGUGGGGAGGGUGAGGUCCAAAGCUCCGAAUCGGAUUCAAGUGUGGGCAGCAAAGUGUCCCAGAUCAGCUACAAGGCCUCUAGAAUCUCCCAAGCCGGUUCCGCGACAGCUUCCAGUACCACUCUUACACCAAAGUCGAUUUUGAAAAAUCCCAUCUCGUUCAAAGACGCAGUGAGAUCCACCAUAAGCAUGAAAUCAAAGGUAUCUGCCACAAACCACCUGAAACCCAGGGCUUCAGAGAGAUCCACAAGAUCCCAUACAUCCCAAAAAAAUGCCGAAGCAACUGCUUCAAAUGCCACAAUCAAAAACUCGAUUGUAUCCUUAAGAAAAGAUAAGGAAACCGCGUCAAAAGCUUCGAUAAAAUCAAAAACGAGUGAAGCUACAUCCAGGAUUGGACUAAAGGAAAAUUUCAAUAAACUGACGCAGAAUUCGGAAUCCUCCAUUGGAAAGUCCUUAACGGAACAAGUGGCCGAUUUGGCAGAUCGCCUAAACGCCGGAAAUGAGCCAAACUUUAGGCGUUACGACUCGGUGCUUCGAAAUCACUCCAUUUCCGAGCCAAAAAAACUGAAUCAUGGGGAUCGUAUGACUUUCUGGUUCAGCGAUGCGGUGCUUUCAUAAAACAAAAACUAUUUUUUAGCGCAACAAUUUAAGAACGUUACUUUAGCUUGCGUUAACCGGAAACCAUAUAAAUAAAAAUUAGUAGUUUUCAUAUUCAAUCUAUUUAACAAGAAAAAAGUACAAAAAAUUGAACGCAAAACUUGAUUUGCGGUUCGACAGUUUUUGGUUGACAUUCGGUGUCAUUAAUUCAAAAAGCGGUAGGAAAAAAUAUAUUUGCGGUCACUGGUCCAUAUUGAAAAUGCAGAAACCCAGCAAAAAUUAUGCGCUUAAAAAGAGGUCAGACAUAGUUUGUCCUCGUCACUGUAAAUUGGAAAGUAUUUAUUCGAUCAUUAAAAAUUCAAGCCAACUGAAAAAUAAA